AUGGGCAAAGUGCGUCCGUCCGCGUUGCUGCAGCGCGCCAAGCAGCAGCGGGCCGAGGCUGCCGGCAAGCCGUCAGUGCCCGUCAAGGGAUGCAUCGCGCUGACCCUCCUGCUGCUCGGGGCGAUUCUCUUCCUGCGCAGGACUUCGUCCCCACCCACAACUAGCUCUGCUACCACUUCUGAGUCCCAGUCAUCGCGCAAGCACCUGAUGGAGUCUGGGCAGCAGGGGGCAACAGGCGAGGCAAAAGAGAUCGGGAAGAAGCUUCCUAAAGUGCUAUUAAAGACGUCCUUAGGCGACAUAGUGGUGGAGCUGUAUGCGGAUGAUUGCCCCAAGACCGUGGAGAAUUUCCUCACUCACAGCAAGAACAAGUACUACAAGGGAAUAAUCUUCCACCGGGUCAUCCCAGGCUUCAUGAUUCAAGGGGGAGACCCCACCGGCACGGGCCGCGGAGGCGAGUCCAUCUGGGGCGGCUCAUUCGAGGACGAGAUUCGCACGCACCUGAAGCACGAGCCGUUCACUCUCUCCAUGGCCAACGCGGGCCCGGACUCCAACGGAAGCCAGUUCUUCAUCACCACUGUUGCCACGCCGCAUUUGAACGGACGCCACACUGUGUUUGGCAGCGUCAUUAAAGGGAAAGACGUCGUGCAGGUGUGCUUUCUCCUUCACCUACCCGGCUUUCCUACCUGCCCGCUCCGGCCCACCUGCGGCUGUCCACUAAUCUGUCCUCCCCUUCUCCCCUCCCCAACCCCCUCCCUCCCUCCUUUUUUUAAAAUCUCCUAG